AUGACCCCCCUCAAAAAAAUCCGCAUAGUAUGCAUAUCCGACACGCACAACACCACGCCCAAACUCCCCGCAGGCGACAUCCUCAUCCACGCCGGCGACCUAACAAAUCAGGGGAGUUACGCGGAGCUAGAGCGGAGCGUGGCGUGGCUUAGUGGGUGUGCGUUUGAGGCGCGUGUUGUGGUGUGCGGAAACCACGACAUCCCCCUCGACGCCCCCUUCCACGCCCGCGCCGCCGGGGGCUGGAAAUGGCCCUCCCCCCAAAACCCGCAAGCAUGCAGGAAUCUUCUCCUCAACGCGCGAGGAAUAACCUACCUCGAGCACUCCUCCACAACAAUCCAUCUCUCAUCCGGCGUGCGGGUCAAAAUCUUCGGGUCUCCGUACUCGCCGCUUGCGCCUGGGGGCAGGGAAUGGGCGUUCCAGUACGACGACUCUGAUGCGGCGCAGCUAUGGGAUGCCAUGCCGGGGGAUGCGGAUGUAGUUGUUACGCAUACGCCUGCGCGGGGCUUUGUUGAUGGGGGGAGGGGGUGUGGGGGGUUGGGACGGCGACUGGGGGUUGUUAGGCCGUGGUUGGGGGUUUGUGGGCAUGUGCAUGGGGGGAGGGGGGUGGAGAGGGUGUUUUGGGAUGGGUUGCAGGUGGAGAGGUGGAGGGACCCUGGGGAGGGGAAUGGGAGGUUGUCGGUUGUGGAUGCGACGAGAAGGCGGGGGGGGGAGUGGGUGCGUGUUUCUGCGAGGCGGGGGAGUGGUGAGGCGGAGGAGGAGGAGGUCCUUCAGCCUGGUGCUACUAUGGCUAUGACUACUGCUGAUGCUGAUGUGGUGGAGAUGGAGAGCCUUGCUGAUGGCGCCCUGGGGCAAAGUGAGGCACUGCGCAUACUACGCCACACGAACGGCGUUGAGCGCGAACUCGGAUGCGAGAGGCGCGAGACGGUCAUGGUUAAUGCUGCAGUGCUGGGCCCACGUGUUGGUGGGAAGACAGGCGGGUUCCAGAAACCGAUUGUUGUUGACGUGGAGCUGCCUGUGGUAGGGACACCGCCGCACCGCAAACCCGGCCAGCACGCUCGCCAGCACGCCCGUCAUCGUCCCGACUGCCACGACGCUCGUUAA